CGACGUAACUACCUCCCUCGUAUGUAGGGAACCAACCUCAUACACAUCCACCUACCAUACCUACCUAGGUACACACAAGCACUCAACCACAUACUCGAGCUACCAACCUGAGUAUCCACACGUCAACUCAUCAAUUGCACUCGUAUUGACAGCCCAGUCAUGGCGGUCACCAACGUAACAAUCGUAGGAGCCGGCGUCGUAGGCCUCACCACCGCCUUCAUCCUCUCCCACCGCCGGGACCUCUCCAUAACCCUCAUCGCCAAACACAUGCCAGGCGACUACGACAUCGAGUACGCCUCUCCCUGGGCCGGCGCCAACUACUGGCCCGUCGGCGCCCCGGGGACGCUCCUCCAGCGUCUCGAGAAGGCGACCUGGGCCGACCUCGACAGGAUAUGCAGGGAGCAUCCCGAGGCCGGGAUACACUACCAGGACAGCCGGAUCUACGGGCGGGAAAAGGACGCGGAUUCCACGACGGGGAAGUGGAUGGACGAGCUGGGGAGACGGGAUCCGUGGUUUGCUGGUGUGCUUCCUAACUUCCGCGUCCUCGAGCCCAGCGAAGUCCCCAAAGGCUACGACUGGGGCACGACCUUCACCUCCGUGUGCAUCAACACGCCCGUCUACCUCUCCUGGCUGCUCGGCCAAGCCGUGAAAAACGGCGUCGUCGUCAAGCGCGGCGUGCUCACCCACAUCUCCGACGCCGCGCAGCUCCACCACUCAGGCGCUUCCGACAUCACGAUCAACUGCACGGGGCUCCUCGCCGCCAAACUCGGCGGCGUCAUGGACGCGAACGUGUUCCCGGGGCGCGGGCAGGUCACACUGGUUCGCAACGAGCCAGACGCGAUGGUGACGACGAGCGGGACGGACGACGGCGGCUCGGAGGCCGCGUACGUGAUGCAGCGGGCUGUCGGCGGGGGUACCAUCCUCGGCGGAUGCAUGCAGCACGGGGAGUGGGAGUCGCAGCCGGAUCUCAACCUCGCGGCGCGCAUCAUGCAGCGCGCGGUGGAUCUGGUGCCCUCGCUUGUGCCGAAGACGGGGAAGGUCACGGAGCUGUCGGUUAUUAGGCAUGGGGUGGGGUUGAGGCCGAUGAGGAAGGGGGGCGUGAGGGUGGAGAGGGAGAGGAUUGACGGGGGGUGGGUGCUGCAUGCGUAUGGGCAUGCGGGUUAUGGGUAUCAGAGUUCGUUUGGGACGGCGAGGGAGGUGGAGAGGCUUCUGGAGGGGGUGCUGGGGGAGAAGGCGAGGUUGUAG